AUGUCAAUGGCCAAACGCGAAGCAAUCAUUAUGACCGUCGUCGCAAUCGGCGGUCUCAUCGGCGCCAACGCAUUGCUUAAACCGUCUCCUCAUCAUAGCAUCAAGGCUAGUAUGGAUAGCCAAUUGCAUUCAUACAAUGCACAGUAUACAAAGCCACAUGUACUUGUUGAACAAAAUUCUAUGGAUACGAUUCUGGAUCGUACGGCACUGAUGGAGAAGGCGAAGAAUAAGAAGCCGUGGAAUAAAGCUUAUGCGGAGAAUGAGAGGCAUAGAUAG